CACGAAGCUCCCUCGAACUUUCAUGGCGUACCGGCUCUCGACGUAAUCCCUCUUGCACCGCAACUUCCAUGCAAUUUACGACCCUCAUCUUCGUGUGCAUAUAUAUAGCAUCGCUUAAUCCACAGACGAUGGCCAUGGCAACCAUGUCUUCUAAGCUAUCCAAAUCCCUCUCUCCUAAGCGAUCCAAGCUUAGUCUGCCGCUCUGUUGCAGCCAGGCUGAUGCCGCUGCCCCCGUGGCCUCGCCUCCCCCCUCCUCCCCACGCAGGGAUCGCGUCGAUGAGCUCCUCCAAGUCUUCCGCCACAUCGAUCAAGAUCGGGAUGGGAAGAUCUCCGGCGUGGAGCUGCUCGGUUUCUUCGGCUCCAUAGGCGAGGAGAUGCCGAUGGAGGAGGCGGAGGCGGCGAUCGCCUUGCUCGACUCCGACGGCGAUCGGCUUCUGGACUUUGGGGACUUCCUGAGGAUGAUGGAGAGGGAGGAGGAGGAUGACCUGAGGCGGGCGUUCGAGAUGUUCGAGGUGGUGAAGGGGUCGGGGAGGAUCACGCCGAAGGGGCUGCAGAGAAUGAUGAGCCGGCUCGGCGAGGAGAGGUCGGUCGAGGACUGCAAGGCCAUGAUACGGGCUUACGACCUCGACGGAGAUGGCGAACUUGACUUCCAAGAGUUCCACCAGAUGAUGAGUUAGAGUGUAUAUAUAUCUACUCAUCAUCUAAGUAGCUUAAAAGCUUGUAAAUUAGGCUAUACUAUAUGAAUAACAAUGAAUCCUCGCACUAUAUCUAAGUUUUAA